AUGCACACAAUGCACAUCUCACGUCUCCUUCUGCGCAGCGUUGUCCUGGAUCAAAGCUGCGCCAUUGCGGUGACGUGCGUUAUGCUCAUUAUCUCCUGCUUCCUGUACCCGAUGACGCAGACAAUCCUGUGCACAAUCUUGUUCUUUACCCUCUAUAGCCUCUGCGUGCUGCUGCAGGCCUAUCACUUUUGGGCCCGCGUGACAGAGGUGAAGUACCGCACCGCCUCGGUGACCAGGGAGGUGCUGGCGCGGUGGUGGCGCCGUGUGCAGGAGAUGCCGCUGCGUCGGAGUCAGACUGCCGAGGAGCGGCGGCGGGUUUUUAUCGAGGUGUGUUCGCAGCUGCCGGCUGGCGCAUUUCGAAUGGUGGCCGUCGCCGACGAGCGCACUGGCAGGCUGAAGCACAUUCACAAGAGCCUAAUGGUGAAAAUGUCCAAGCGGCUGGACGAGGUGACGCUCAAGGUGCGCUCUUACUUGGAGCCGGCGGGCAUCUGCAAGCUCGUGGACGUCAUGCGCAUCGCUCUCGAGUGCGACGCAAUUGUGUUGAAGCCGCUAACGGACCGCGCCAGACCACCGCGGUUGCCAAACCUGUUCCUCUCCAACAGGCCCUUCGUUGAGGACGAGGACACAACGGACAGCAGCGACCACGAGCGUGAGUCGCGCACGGUGCUUGGCGGUGGCAACACCAUCUCCGUGUCGCACCACAUGGAGUACUUUGUCCACCGCGUCUUCCUGAUCAUCUGGGCAGUCGUGAUGCUGCUGACAGUCGGCACUGGCGUCAUAUUCUACCAUCUCGUGGGGGCCCCCCUCGGCGAGGGCGUCUUUCUGGACCCCGCCGUUGCGGCGCUGGGUCUGCUGCCCCUCAAUGCGAUUGUGCUCAACCGCUUGCUCAUCUUCUACGCCAACGUCUACCUCGACAAGCUCUUUCACUACAUGGUGUCGCGCCGUUCCUACGCGCUGGAGGAUCGGCUACCGCGCUUCUCAUUCUGGUCUACGCUGGUGACGAUGGCGCGGGUGGUGUGCCGCAUGCCCCCACCGAACGGGGGCCGUAACCCGCUUGUCUUCUCCACCUCUCUCGUCGACGUCUUUAGUAUGGCGACGGUGGUGGCGAUGCUGGAUCAGACGGGGAUCGUGACGGACAUGGUGCUCGUCCCCAAGCAGGUGUUCCUGCUAAAGUCCGACCCGCAGCAGCAACAGAGCUCUUCCAGUGGAGAAAGCGAUGACGAUGACGGGGCGGCUACCGCUGUGAAUGGGUGUUUCUCGCAGCCCAGCGAGCGCGACGCCCGGGAGCGCCGCCGCGACAUGCAAAGACAGAUCAGGCGCAAAAAGUACCAGGAGCGCCGCUUCCUGGAGCUGCGGCUCAUGCACUCGUCAAAGCAGGACUUGGCGGUCGAGUUCGCCGACGAGAAGGCCCGUCAUAAGCACAGCAGCCACCUCAACCCUCUCUGCCUCGUCAUCCUUGUGCAUGCCCUCGCACAGGAGCCGGCGCAGCUCGAGACGUGGACGGAGCCGUUCCGCUUCUGCGACCGCUCCCUUCUGUGGGCGCGUGCGAUGCAUUGGAUCCCGCGAGCGUGUGGCUUCCACGAUAGAGUGGUACACAACUUCCUGAUAGUGGCGCGCAUCUUCGUGAUCAGCACGUCCACUGGUAGCGGGUACCGUGACACCUACCCGGAGCAGGCGUGCUCAUACCUUGUCGAGGGUAGCGAUGGCGCCAUGCAUAUCUUCACCAUAGGUACGCCGUAUCUCGUGUGCCGCCACUCGACAACGCACUGGACAGGGCAGGCGGUAGAGGAGUUUGACGCCCAUGAUAAGGCGGAGGUGCUUUACAUGGGCAAGCACCAGUGGGAGGAAGGGGCGGCGCUAGAGACGGUGGCGCUGUCGCACCGCAUCUUACCAGAGCGCUACCGCACCUACGUCGCAACUCUACCGCGUCAACCACACCGUUACAGCGAGUUUUUCUUUCGAAAUGGCGUCGAGGUGAACAGUGCUACAGCGAAGAGGGCGCAAGCAAAGCGGCGGCGUCGCCGUCAGCAGCGUGCGGCCUCGAAGACGGCUCGCAGUGAGGCCACUGCGCCACAGCCGCUCAUCGCAUCGCAGUUCGCCGAAUCAAGGCGACCACCAUGCGAGGAGAGCUGGACCAACGGGAGCCGCAUCGUGCGACACGACGACGGUGGCGCUACUACCGACGGCGGGGCACCCAUACUAUUGGCGGUCCCGAAGCGCGAGCGUGCCGUGAGGGCUGUGCGUACAAGCGACAGGGAGGUGGAAAUGGAGAAGGAAAUGUCUGCGGUGGAUGUCGGCGAUGACGGUGAGAGCAGUGGCGGCAGCGUCAUGAGCUCCUACAACAACGACGAGGCCGAGUGCGGCGGGGAUAGCGAAGUCGCGGUUCACGAGCUCGACGCUGGUGACUGCGAUGGGCACCGACAACUCCACCCGCGCGGCACCCUGCGACGUCGCUGCAAGUCCGCACCCCCGGUGCGCAGCGCGCGAUGGGCGAACGUGAAGCCGCGAUACAACCACUCUUUUGGCGCCGUUCCGACCGACGUGGUGGGCGACAUCGAGGAGGACAGCUGUCUCACUAGCAGCACUUGCAUCUGGCUCAUGGCGACAACCUCCCACACCUUCCUUGGGCUGAUCGGUUUGCAGGACUCAGUGCGCCCCAACGUACAGAGCACGAUGGGCUUGCUGGAUGAGUCGGGUGUGCGCUGCAUGUACUUCUGCGCUGGCACGGAGCGCCAGACGAAGAGCUUCGGAAGCCGAGUCGGCUUGGAUACGGAUUGGAACUGCUGCAUCUCGCUCAAGGAGGACGCCGUCGCGUUGGACCCGCACAGCAUUCGUGCGCAGCUGCCCUUUGGUAUCAAGUCCAUCCGCAAGCACAUUUUGCACGUUGACCCCAUCCCACUCCAGGUGAGCCUCUUCUCGCAUUCUCUGGGAGUGUCGAAGCGGGCGAUGCUGUCGGUACUGCAAGACAAUCAUGAGGUCGUCGUCGCGGUCGGCUCCGUGCUCAACCACAGCAAUGUGCGCAGCUUCGUGCAGGCGGACUUGUCGAUCGGCGUGCUUCCCACCAGGCGCGGCACUAACGCGGACAAGGAUAGCGCCCUGAGGCAUAGCCGCAUCGUGGAGCCGUCUGAUUUUGCGGCGACGAAUAGUCUUAACCGAGACAUCCCGCUCUACCGCAACGUGGCGGAGCUGAUCGGAUGCAGCUGCUCCCUGCGGGCGCCGCCAACGACGUCGAUCUUGCCAAUUGUCGCCAUGAUGAUUCGCCAGGCGCGCCUUCGGCUCAGCGGCAUAGGCAACGGAGCAGAGUUUGUCAUGCACGCCAACUUUUUCAUUGUCAUGGUGAACACCAUCUCGCUGAUCGUCGGGGUGCCGCUGAUGCUGACGCCCUCUGUGACGGUGUUUGAGCUCUACGUUCUCAUCCCGAUUUUGGCGCUGUGCUGCACGUACACGGCGUACGCUGGGAUGGACGCGAUGCGGGUGAUGCCGUCGCGCCACAGUCACUUUGUCCGUCGCGCAAUUUUCUGGCACAGCGCGGUGGUGUGGUGUCUGCGCUACGCCAUCUCGGUCGUGGCGCUCCUGGCGCUUGGGAUCACGGCCUCCACGAGACUGUGCAAGGUCAGGGUGCUGGAACUCGUCACAAUGGGGGAGGACACAUGCAUAUCAGCUGGCCAGGGCUACGUCGCGCUCACCUUCAACUACUGGCUCAUGGUGCACUGCUGGACGCACAUUAGUCGUCAUCACCCCAUCUCCCUCACCUUCUCGCUGAAGCUGAGGCAUGGACAUCGCUCCACAUACCUCUUCCGUUCCUUCCGCUGGGUCGCUGCGAGCGUUCUUGUGACGCUGCUGAGCAUCAUCAUUGUAAUUCUUGACACACCGAUGAGCAGCCUCCACCAAGCCUUCUUUCCCUCUGUUCCACACUUCAUUGUGUCGCUGUUGUUCCCGGCGCUAAUCCUCGCCCUGGACUGGCCCGUUAAGCGGUGGCGCGAGCAGCGCUUCACGAACAUGCAAAAGUUUCGGAAGCUGUCGUAUGGCACACGACUCGGCAUGCACUCACCCCGCGGCGACUACGAGCCGGAGGGCAUCACGUAUCCCCACAGCAGCACCAGCGGUGGCGUAGGUGUACUGGGCGGCGGCGCUGAGGGAGAGGAGCAGGCGGGGUUGGCGGAGCGCGUCGGACUUCUCAAGCGCCUGAGCGAGUGGUUUUACCGUUUCACCAGCAUGCGUGGCGGAAAGCUGGAGCUGAACUGCGUGUGCUGCGAUCACAUCGGCGGCAACUACGCUACCUAUCACACCACAGCUAAUGUUUAG